AUGGCGGACACUCCAACAGCCGGUCCCGCACCGUCAAACCCAGCCGAACCCGCGCCAUCGUCGUCCACCGUCCCUCAACCCCCACCUUCUGGCGAAGCGGUGACAGAGGGAGAACUACAGGGCGGGGAGGCAGCGGGACAGCCUGAGGAUGAAGCUAAGACGUCUUUGGAGCAGACCGGUGGAGCAGCGGAUCCAGGAGCAGCGCUGGACACCCCAGCGACGGCCUCACCACUUCCACCCCCUCCCUCUCACUCCGGUUCAGCCACUCCCGCUCCUCCAAUCGUCGUCGAACCCGCACCAACGCCAUCAACAUCCGUAUCACGACCCUCCGUAUCCUCCGCGACCCACUCUCCUUCACCCGAACCCGACAAGUUCGCAGUCCCUUACUCGGACGCAUAUCGAGCGGCGCAGUCGGCGAGUCGGUGGAACGGCUUGCUAGGUUGGGCACGGGGAGUGCGGUUGGAAAGCUCGCCUGGAGGGGCGGAACGAGGGUGGGACUUUGGAACUGGGAUGUACCACGUCCCCAGAAACUCGCCAUACUACACAGCCGGCGUCGAGCGCGCACCCAUAGACCCCUCCCGCCCCCCGCCGCCUCUCUCUCUCCACCAAGCCUCCGUCCUAGUCCAACACAAUCCCGACGCACUGUCAGACGACGACGGAACGGAUUCGGCGGCUGGGAGCGGGUUUCAUGAGAGUGGGAGGCCGAGGAGGAGUAGGGCUGCGAUGGGGUUGCGGUAG